AAAGCUCUUUCUGAUUCUGAUUCUGAGUGUUGAUAAAAGUACUUGUCAUUGUACUGCAAGGCCAAACGUCUGCGCAUGUGCACUACUAAGCCUCUAAAGGAAGGAGAAAGAAUUGUUCGUUCGGCAGAGGACUACAGGCUAUAACACCAUCGUAAGAAAGAUGUCAGGAUUCCUGGAUGGUAUCAGAUGUGGGGACUGUGAAUGCAACAUCGACUGGGCAGAGAAAAGAAACACCAUUGCCUCAAUUGCAGCAGGAGUUUUGUUCUUCACAGGAUGGUGGAUCAUAAUCGACGCAGCGAUAAUGUACCCCAAAGAGGAGGACUUUCACCAUGCAUACCAUACCUGUGGAGUCAUCGCCACUAUAGCGUUCCUCAUGAUCAACGCGGUGUCAAACGGCCAGGUGAGAGGUGACAGCUACAGUGAAGGCUGCAUAGGACAGACAGGUGCGAGAGUGUGGCUCUUUAUCGGCUUCAUGCUGGCCUUCGGCUCUCUCAUUGCCUCCAUGUGGAUUCUCUUCGGAGGUUUCGUCGUUCCUGCAAAGCAAUCAGUGUAUCCUGGGAUUGCAGUUUUCUUCCAGAACGCCUUCAUCUUCUUUGGGGGUCUGGUGUUCAAGUUUGGACGCACAGAGGACCUGUGGCAGUGAAAACAAGCCUCUCUACCUGACCAUCCUACGCCCAGAGUCUUUCUGUACUAUUUCUAUUUUCCUUUUCUCGUUUUUCCCGUUCAUGAGCUGCCCCCAUGUUUCCUAUGCGACUGCAGCGAGGGCUCGUUGUUGUACAAACCGUGUGACGCAUCUAGCCUCAGAAUUCAAAACAGACAGCUUUUUUUUUUUUUUUUUUUAAAUUUUAGAUCGAUUAAAAUGUAUAAAGAGAUAGAAAGAGACUUUUACUCAUGUUUAGCUUUAGUUGUUCUCUCGGAUUGGUUUCAGAUUCGGGUCUCACACUUGUCGCGUGUUGCGGCCUGGGAAAACCCUUCCUAUUGGUCAGAUUUAUACUUUUUAUACUUUUUGCCCAGCCUACCUCUACAUUAACACACUACUGAUUGGGGGGGGUGUUCUUAGUUUGAUAAUCAGGUAUAUUUUUUUUACCUGAGGUAAAAGUUAGUCCCGGGAUUUAAACACGAGCCUCUGCGCCAUCUCUUCACUCGUCUAUCAAACGUCUUUUUAAUUAGGUCCUUCUAUUCAAACCACUUGUUUUGUUUUCAUCUCAGACAACCACAUGUAUUUACUUCAGUCUGUGGGAGUCACAUUCACUGUUUCACUGGGAUAUUUAAGCAGUAGUUUGCCUGUGAGUGAGACCCUUAUGUUAACGUUAUGCCUCCUCACUUGCUUUUGGAAGUUGGGGAAUUGUUUAAUUUUGCUAUGUGUAUCAUAAAUCUUUACUUAACCAGCUUCAUCAGAACGGACCACAAAGAGCCAAAUUAACGCAAGGUAACAUUUUCACUUGCUUUCUAAAGCCCUCUUGAUUUUUUUUAUACGUUAAACACAAGCGUCUCAUAAAAUAUUCGCCAAUUUCUUAUUGUAAAAAUGCUAAUAUAAAUUCUCUCGUAUGGGAUAAACAGCUUUGCGAAUACUUUUGCUAUUCUGUAUACACGUACUUCUUUUUUACGUGCUUAGCUUUACGUUUGCACUCUAUUUAUGUAACGCUGCUGCAGUACGCCGAAUAUAUCACGAACGCAAGCACAAAGAAAAAUAUUAAUUAAAAAAAUCACGCAGUUAGUCCAGUCUGGAACGUUGUUAAACAGAAACAAUAGAGGAAUGUAAACACUCAUUUGGUCUAAAUUUUUUGUUUGUUUUGUUUUGUUUUUUUGGUUGUUGUUUUUCGCAACUGUAUUUGUCAAAAUAAAUAAAACGAUAGAAAAAUCCCCGCA